AUGGACUUUUUACCAGAAAACCUCCAAACGAUUCUCCAAAACCCAACAAUAACCUACCUCCAAUCAACAACCCAAGAACACCUAACAUCACGGCUGUCCGACCUCCGCGCAACAGUUCUCCAACCCUACCUAAUCGAGCCACUAUCAACCCUGUUGACAAGCUACUCCUCCUCAAUGCCAGACCUGCUCUCAAUCUGCCUACUUGCCAUAAUAAUCCUCGUCUCGCUGAAGAUCCUGGACUAUGCCUGUCGCGUGAUCAUGUUCUGGGUUGUGCUGGCGUUCCGGCUUGUCUUUUGGGGAUCCCUACUCGGCAUGGGGUACUAUGUUUAUCGUGUUGGCGUUGAGGAUGCUGCGAGGGAUUUAGGGUGGUUGUUUGGGGUUGUUGCUGGGUUUGUGGGGGAUUAUGUUGAGAAGAGUCAGGGUAAGGCUGCUGCUUAUGUUGGGACGAAGUAG